AUGUAUGGUUCAAACAUGUCGACUGAUGGGCUGCAUCAUAUCAGUGCCCUUAACUUCGGAGAUCCGUUCAGAAAGCAUGAAAUGCACUGCAGAUUCAAACAAAAACCGCCAUGGCCGUGGGUUGCAAUAACAACCUCGAUUGGCAUUCUUGUAAUCGCAUUGCUCAUCAGGCAAAUAUUCCAUGCCACAAUGAAUCGAAUAGCCAAAGUUGAGGACGAUUAUCAUCAGAUGAUGGAGCUUAAGAAAUGUGCCGAGGCUGCUGAUGUUGCAAAGUCGCAGUUUAUUGCUACGGUUUCCCAUGAAAUCAGAACCCCAAUGAAUGGUGUUCUUGGGAUGCUGCAAAUGCUUAUGGAUACGGAUCUAGAUGAAACUCAACAAGAUUAUGUCAGAACUGCACGGGACAGUGGUAAAGCUUUAGUUUCACUAAUGAAUGAGGUUUUGGACCAAGCAAAGAUUGAAUUUGGUAAAGUUGAGCUGGAGGCUGUUUGCUUUGAUUUGAGGGCAAUUCUGGAUGAUGUUUUAUCACUAUUUUCUGGAAAAUCACAAGAAAAUGGAGUUGAGUUGGCAGUGUACAUCUCUGAUAAAGUCCCCGAAAUACUAGUUGGUGAUCCAGGAAGAUUCCGGCAGAUCAUUACAAAUCUGAUGGGCAACUCAAUCAAAUUCACCGAGAGAGGACACAUAUUUGUGACUGUCCAUCUUGUUGAAGAAGUGGUGGAAUCAAUGGAAGUGGAGACAGAAUCACCUUCAAGUGGCACUUUGAGUGGAUUGCCUGUAGGCAAUAGACGGCAAAGCUGGGAAGGAUUUAGAAUUUUCAGUCAAGAAGGAUCUGCUACUUCAUUAUUAUCAUCCUCAAGUGACCUAAUUAAUCUGAUAGUGUCGGUAGAGGACACGGGUCAAGGGAUCCCAUUUGAAUCUCAAUCACGUGUAUUUACCCCCUUCAUGCAAGUCGGUUCCUCGAUAUCAAGAACACAUGGUGGCACAGGUAUUGGGCUAAGCAUAAGCAAGUGUUUGGUCCACCUAAUGAAAGGUGAAAUUGGGUUCGUAAGCUUGCCACAGGUUGGAUCCAACUUUACUUUUACAGCUGUUUUCACCACUGGCUGCUCAGGUCUGAAUGACCAGAAGAAUCAGCAUAUUAACAAUCAGCCCAACUCCAUUUCUUCAGAAUUUCAGGGAAUGAGGCCUUUACUUGUGGACCCUACACCCAUAAGGGCACAGGUCUCCAAAUAUCACAUCCAGUGUUUCCACUCCAUUUGUCAUCAUGAAACCGCUAAGGGCAAUAUGCUUGCUGCAUCCCUGCAGCACGCCAUGGGUGUUGGAAACAGAGGAAAUUAUCGGAACGGAGAGCUUCACACUUUAUCCCUCAGCAAUCUUCUGCGUGGUAGAAAAAUUUUAGUUGUAGAUGAUAAUCAGGUUAACCUCAGAGUGGCUGCUGGGGCCCUAAAGAAGUACGGUGCUGAUGUGGUCAACGCUGAAAGGGGGAAAGAGGCAAUCUCACUGCUAACACCACCCCAUCAUUUCGAUGCCUGUUUCAUGGAUAUUCAGAUGCCGGAAAUGGAUGGCUUUGAAGCUACAAAGAGAAUUAGGGAUGUGGAACUUAGCAUCAAUAAUCGUCUCCAAUGCUACAAAUGA